CAAUUCCCAAAGCCUAGCCUUAACCUACACCUUACAACCCAACCGGCUGUCUUUUUCCUUCAAUGACUUUUAUGCCCUUCCUUUCCUUCAAUGGCGUAACCUACGUUCUUCUCUCUCUUUCUCUCUAUCUAUCUGUCAUUCCCGAGAUACAAGACAUUAUGGGCUUUGGUAGUAGUAGAAAUCAACGUUAAUCUUAAACAGCGUCGUUAAAUCUACUAUGUAUGCACCAAAAUCAAUGGCACCAAGGGGGGGCCAUUUCGGCAAUUAUUGUCUUCUCGUAAAAAUUCUACACGUCUUGGAACGAACACGACGAAACCUAAGCCUCUCUCUCUGCCGCUAACCGCCAUGUUUUCAGAGAUGUUCUGCACCAAAAACAAUACGCAUGUUAAUCCUCUCUCUCAACUCUCAACCAUUUUGUUUCUCCCUGCUACCUACUCUAUAAAAAGAGUGCUUCACAAACCCUCCGAAUAAGAGCUGAGCGAGCACUGUGUGCUUCUGCUUCUGUUGUGUGUGCAUACUAAUAAUCGAAUCAAAAACUACCCUUUAGCAUUGAUUUAAUACAUUAUCUUGAAGAGAGAAAGAGGUUAAGAUGGAGAGUGGAAAUGAGGAGUUGGAGAUGGGUGGGUCUAAUGGGGUUGGAGCGAGUUCACGGUGGAACCCUACAAAAGAGCAAAUAAGCAUGCUAGAGAAUCUGUAUAAGCAGGGAAUAAAAACUCCCAGUGCUGAGGAGAUACAGCAGAUAACUGCUAGGCUUAGGGCGUAUGGUCACAUCGAAGGAAAGAAUGUCUUCUACUGGUUUCAGAAUCACAAAGCUAGGCAGAGACAGAAGCAGAAGCAAGAAACCAUCGCUUACUUCAAUCGCUUUCUUCACACUCCUCAGCCCUUUUUUUCUCCGCCAAUUUGCCCAAAUGGGCUGUGUCCUCCAUAUUGCAUACCUCAGGUGCAGAGUGAAAAUGGGUUUUAUCCCCAACAUCCAAAGGUGCUUGUACCAGUAGGUUUUAGGAGAAGACCGUCUGAGAUAUUUGUGCCCACAGACAUGUCAAACGUUGUCGUGCAACAGAGAAUCUCGGAUUGUAACUUGAGCUACAGUAACCAAGAAACGUUGGAUCUUUUUCCUCUGCACCCAACUGGUAUUUUGGAAGGGAAAACAAUGUCUUCUCAGGCUUCAGUUUCUGCUCAUAGUUCCACUGAUAUCAAUGAAGAUGAUCCUUCCCCACUUAACCAACCCUUCUUUGAUUUUUUUACUACUUCUGGACAAGGUUCUUAGGAUUAUCAUCAGGAGACUUGUUUCAUGUCAUUCGCUUAAACUUCUAACAUGCAACUUUUAAUUCCCAUGGCU